AUGGUCGAAACAAUUGCCCAGAGUUUUAGAGAUAGAUUGGAUAUAAAUGAACCAUUUGGUGAAAAACCUUUUGGUAUAUCUGAAUUGAGGGAUGCUAGCACACAACUGAGAGAUAAAACUGGAGAUGGAGGAGGUGUAUCGAGAGAAGGAAUUGGAAAAUUUAACCCUAUAUAUAUAUAUAUAUUGACAAAGCUGGAGGAAUUUUGUUCUAAAAUUAAAUUUGUGCGACUCAAAUGGACGCUGAAGCCUCUCUUAGAACAGAGCAGCCCUAGCUUGCCACAAGAUCUCAUCAUUGAAAUCCUUGUAAGACUUCCUGUGAAGUCCCUCUUACAGUUAAAGUGUGUUUCGAAAGACUGGCUUUCUUUAAUACCUAGCCAUGAAUUUGUUAAUACACAUCUUAGUUUUAAUUCUAAGGAUUGCACCCGCCAUAGGUUGAUGCUGCAAUUUAUGACUUAUCUUAAACAUUGUUCUGUUAGCCUUUUAUUUUCUGGGUUUUCUACUGAUUCAUUUGACUUGGAUAUUCCUACGAAAACUCCCGAUGAUCGUUUUGAUGUUGUGGGUUCUGUCAAUGGGUUGAUUUGUCUUUCCAUUGGGUUUAAAUGCUUGGUUCUGUGGAAUCCAUCAACUAGAAAAUUUAGGCAUGUACCUGAUAUUAUGAAUAUGCUUGCAUUGGAUUUUGUGUGUCAGUACAUGUAUGGUUUUGGAUAUGAUGAGGUUAAUGAUGAUUAUAAGGUAGUGGCUGUUUUCUCUGAACUGACUUGUGCAUGUGUCAGUAUAUAUAGUUUAAAGAAUGAUUCUUGGAGAAGACUUGAUGAUAUUCAAGGGCUGGUGGCGUACAAUCGUUGGCCUAAAUUGGUGAGUAGGAAGCUUCACUGGGUCAAUGUGGGUGAAGGUAGGACCAUCAUGUCUAUUGAUUUGGUUGAUGAGAAAUAUGGAAAGGUGGAGCAGCCCCUCUAUGAAGAAGGGCAGAAAUUUUUGAAGCUUGGAGUGUUGGGAAAUGAUUUUUCUGUUCUCUGUCAUUAUUACCUAAUUCGAGCUGAUGUGUGGGUUAUGAAGGAGUAUGGGGUUAAAGAGUCUGGGAUAAAACUGUAUACCUUCAAAUACCAUAAUGCCCCAGAGCCAGCUGCUUUUCCCACCCAUUUGCAUGUCAAGUAAAGUCUUGCGGUGGAAGCGGAACUCUACAUUGAAAGCCUGGUUUCUCCUAUUUUACAAAAUAAAUCAACAGCACAAACAUUGCAGGGUGCAAAAACCCAGGUGAACGACAGUUGUGUAGGUAACAACUUGUAAGACUUUUUGCGUGUUGUUCAAUUCUGCUUCUUUUGUCAAAUAUCGAACAAUAUAUUCCAUAUUUAAAGGCCAUCUUUACAAAACAUCUGCUUAAGUAUCUUGGUAAUCCUUUUUGUUGUUGCAUAUUUCCGAGGAACAACAACUUUUGCUAGAACAUUUUUGGUUGUAGUGUCUGGUGCUUCUGCAUUCUAAGUAAAUUACAUGGGACAUUCUCUCUCUUUUAAGCAGUGUUUUAAGGGUAUAUGUUGUUCCACUAUACAAAGUAAGACUAAGGCGAACUUGAUUGCUAAUAAUAAUUAGCUUAUAUAGUCCUUGGCAGGGUCGUUGUUUGAUCUAGGGCUUUCUUUAAUGUUCGUUUUUAGUGACACUUAAUGAAGAGGCGGAGGAAUCUCUGAAAUAGUUAAGUUCUGAAAUAUCAUCAAGUUUGGGUGUCUUUUGUUGCUGUUAAUAGCUUACAGUUGUUUCUUUAUGCCUAUCUAAUCAUUUUUAUUAAUUAUUUGGUCAAUCAAAAGGCUGAAUCUUCUUCUCUUUGGUGAUACUAUAGAUUAAAUCCAUGAAAGUAAAAGCAUCUUGCAAAAGGGAAAUUAGUCUCUUAGGCAAUGUUACAUCUCACUCUGGCAGAAAUACGCAAGCUCGCUAUAUGCAAACAAUAAACUGGGUUCAGGUAUCCCUUCUAUAGCCAAAAUGAGAACCUCCAAGCAAUGCAGUACCUCAAACUUUUCUAACUGACCAUUAGUUCAUCUCCAAGUUUGAUUCCUUCUCCUUAUUAGACAUCUCAUCAGAUUGUAAUUACGUCAGCAACAACUGGGAACUUCAUUGUUAGCUCUUUGACAAGAGUGAUUACAAUCAGCAGAAUAUUAACAUGGAAAGCAGUAGUAGCAUCAACCACUGCUCACCAAAAUGGCUGCUCAAAGCUUUUCUAUUUGGAGUACAAAGCGCAUCGUGUAUAUUGUCGAAUAGUGUAAACGUCUCAUUUAAAAAAAUUUAAAUAUCUGAGAGGGUUCAUUUUUUUUAUAUUUAUUUUAGGUCUUAAACACAUACUCUUAUGUGUUAGUUUCUAUAACUUAAGGCAUUAUGCUUCGUUCUAGGGCAAUUCUGAUUCCUGUUAUAAGUGCAAGAAGUUCAGUGUAUAUAUUCAUAGCAUGUGGAAUGUGCUGACUAAAUCCUGCAAUCCAGUUCCCCCUUGUGUCUCUGAUCACUCCCCCUAUUCCCCAUUUUCCUGGAUUCCCCAUUUUGAUUUGUACAAAUCAAGCUCCCCCCGGUUCUUUCUAGUGAUUCUAUCUCUUAUCAUAGGGAAGCGCAAGUAUUUACCAAGGUUUUGAGUAAAUUUCAUAGUCAUACAUUUGGAGAUCUGUCCCUUAAUUGCCAUUUUGGUAUUGUUCGAGAGGACAAUUUUGGACUAGUCAAAGUUUGUACUUUGUCCCGAUAGAGAGCAGAGUUUAGUAAGUUGUUACGCUUUUCUUUGGUUGCUUCAGCAAGUAAGAUCAGGUCAUCAGCAAAAGGAACCGGACUUAGAAUCUUAUAUCGGUUUCCAUUUCCUUUGGUUAACUUGUUCCAUUUCCAUUUCUCUUCUGUUAUUUUCUUGGAUGUACUGGUGUACUAAAAGUAGUACAUUAUUUAUUCAAUACAACCCUAAAUCAAAGGUAUAAUGAUAUUACUAAAUAGUAGUAUAUUGUUUGUUAAAUAUGCACGAUAUUACCAAAUUCUGAGGCAUACUUAUGCACUCAAUGUAAACCUAAUUUAAGAGAUCUGAAAAUUUGAAAGAAGAAAACGAACGAGAGGAAACUUGAUUGUUGGACAUCAAUUAUCAUUACAUCAGGUGAAAAUACUCUUUAACAUAAGUACAUAACCAAAGAAAAAAUCAUUACAUCAGGUGAAAUACUCUUUAACAUAACCAAAGAAAAAAAAAAGAACUUACAUUUCCAACGCUUACAUCAAUUUGAAUAAUCUCUUUCUUAUACUCUGUCUUCAGUGGCUGAGCUGCAGGAGUGAAGUGCACCAAACAGAUGAAAUUGAUUGCUAGAUUGUACUGUAAGUCUGUAAUUAAUGUUAGCCCUUCAAAGAUAAUGACUGCGCAACAUAACAUAUUCCUGGACUAACUUUAAAUAUCAUAUUAAAACACAUUAUGUACAACAAGAAGUCAAUCCAUGUAGAGGAAAGGAUUUGGCAACUUUAGUUGUUUGGUUAAAAAAAAUAAGGAUGAUGAAAUAAUACAAAAUAGCUGCAUUCGUUUUUGAGCUUUGGACUAACCGUUAAAAAAGUAAAAGCCAGGUUAGAUAAAUUAGCCUACGCACUCAAAUGUGUGUGAGCAACACAGCAGUUGCCGUGUAAGUGUUUCAUGUUUAAUAGCACACUUUAGUGGUAGUUCAAGUGUCUAAUAGGUCACAACCUCAAUUGAGGUAUCUAAAUGAAAAAUCUUGACAACUUUAGGGGGCUGUCAAUGGAACUGGCCUUGUUAAAACAAAAGGCAACAAAAUUUUAGUAGUAAUAUUAAGAGGACUUAAAUUGUGUGCAUAUUAACGGUAAGGGGUGUAUCUGGAGUCAAUUAAUGAAUUUUGCUCCCUCCAAAAUAUUAUAAAUUAAAACUGAUUCCGAAUCCCAAAAAAAAAAGAGUUUCAAUGUUGACAAACCCUAGCUUGCCCCGAGAACUCAUCGCUGAUAUCCUUGUAAGGCUUCCUGUGAAAUAUCUAUUGAAGUUUAAGUGUGUUUCAAAAGACUGGUUUGAUUUAAUAUCUAGUCCUGAGUUUGGAUUGCACCAGCCAUAGAUUGAUGCUGAAAUUAGAUAAAUUUGAUUCACUUAAGCUCAAAUGUCUUGAGCAGAAUCUUAAACAUUGCUCUGUUAGCUCUUUAUUUUAUGGGUCUGUUACUAAGACAUUUGACUUGGAUUAUCCCAUGAAAAACAUCCAUAAUAUUGUGGGUUCUGUCAAUGAUUUAAUUUGUCUUUGCAUCGGGAAUGAUGGCUUUGAUUCUGUGGAAUCCAUCGACUAGACAGUUCAAACAACUGCGUAUGAAAAGAUGUUAAGUUACAUGUACAUCUUUGGUUUUGGAUAUGAUAAGGUUCAUAAUGAUUAUAAGGUUGUGCAUGUUUCCUCUAGAUUCACUCAUGGCUAUGUGGAUAUAUAUAUAGUUUAAAGAGUGAUUCUUGGAGAACACUUGAUAACUUUCAAGGAGGGUUGUUGUUCGAUAGUUCAGCUAAGUUGGUGAGUGGGAAAUUUCACUGGGCAACUAUGGGUGGUGAUGGUUGGGGCAUUAUGUCUAUUGAUUUGGCUGAUGACAAUUAUUGGAAGAUGGAGCAACCCCUCUACGAAGAAGGAUAGUUUCAUUUGAAGCUUGGAGUGUUGGGAACUGAUUUAUCUGUGCUCCGUAAUUAUGAGCUAACUCACAGCUGAUGUGUGGGUUCUGAAGGAGUAUGGGGUUAAAGAAUCUCAGACGAAAUUGUAUACCAUCAACUAUCUUAAUGACCCUAAAUACUGCGUGCUUUCUCCACCCAUUUGCAUGUCAAAGAAAUGUGAAAUUUUGCAUGUGUUUGAGUCAACUUUAACGAUAUACAAUCCAGAGGAUGAAUCAAUCAGACAUCCAGUGGUUACUAACGUUUAUGACAGUCUUGAGGCAGAACUCUACAUUGAAAGCCUAGAUUGUCCAAUUCUACAAAAUGAAUCAACGACGCAACAUUGAAAGACUGCAACAACUCAGAUAACUGACCGUUGUGUAGCUAACAACUUGUUGAUGUGUUGUAUCAUGCACGUGUGCAGGGAAGCAAACUAACAACCUGAUGCUUUGGCAAACAACUCUACUACUACUACCACCACUAUAACUACUUCUACUUGUAUUAGAUGCAGUUGAUCUACUGCUACUACCAUUGUUAUGAAUAAAUGUCCGUACUUGCCCGUAACAGUGACCAGGAGGGGCUAGUAUAUUAUAAUACCCCUCAAAUUUUGUUGUUGAUCAGGUCACUAAGGACUCAAAUUUUGUUGUUGAUGCUACUUAAUGUAAUACUAUUUGUUUAAGCAGAGACGAGAAAAGAAAGGAAGAAAAGCUCAUAAAUUGAAGAACAGAAGAUUAAUCUUUC